UGUGUCUGUCUCGUGUUCUCUGCUUCCUAUUGGCUGAAGGCCCUCGGAGGGGGCGAGUCCAGUCGUGACGCACUCCCUGGGGCGGGGCUUCAGGCCAACAGGAAAACUGAAGAAAAGACCAUGGCUGCCAUCAGAAAGAAGCUGGUGAUCGUGGGAGAUGGAGCCUGUGGGAAGACCUGCCUCCUCAUUGUGUUCAGCAAAGACCAGUUCCCGGAGGUCUACGUCCCCACCGUCUUCGAGAACUACGUAGCUGACAUUGAAGUGGACGGUAAACAGGUGGAGCUGGCGCUGUGGGACACGGCCGGUCAGGAGGACUACGACCGUCUGCGGCCGCUGUCCUACCCCGACACAGACGUCAUUCUCAUGUGUUUCUCCAUCGACUCCCCCGACAGCUUAGAGAACAUUCCAGAGAAGUGGACCCCUGAGGUCAAGCACUUCUGCCCCAAUGUGCCCAUCAUCCUGGUGGGAAACAAGAAAGACCUCCGAAACGACGAGCACACCCGGAGAGAGCUGGCCAAGAUGAAGCAGGAGCCGGUGAAGUCCGAGGAGGCUCGGGACAUGGCUAACCGCAUCAACGCCUUCGGGUACUUGGAGUGCUCGGCCAAGACGAAGGACGGGGUGAGGGAGGUGUUCGAGAUGGCCACCAGGGCGGCGCUGCAGGCUAAAGGACGGAGGAAGAAGAGCGGCUGCACUCUGCUUUAAGGAGCCUGGUGCUGCAGGCGGGGGGUGGGGGGAAUCAAAUCAAAGCAGGAAGACAAACCCAAAAGAGACUCGGGUCAGGGGUCAUUCACUAUCACUGUCACCGACCUGGUGUGAGGAAGAGGUCCAGGAGAACCCAGAGGCCCCUCCCACCCAGUGGUUCCAUGGUUUUGGCGUUCCUCCGUCAGGUGCUGCAGCUCGGAUGGGCUCACGGUCUGAACUAACAGGUAAAGGUUACUAGAGCUGCACCAGAACCAGUGAGCAGAUGGCCAUGCUGGUGUGGGUCCAGACGGGUCCAACAGAACCAGCUGGAAACCGUGGCCCACGCUGGACCGAGCUGCAGCACUGGACUGAAGGAACCCACUGUCCCCCCGCCUCGUUUCUGUUCAUCAUUUGGCGUCCUGAACACGGCGGGCUCGUUUCCUGUCACCUCUGAAGCUUCCAGCGUCUUUCUCUCUGUUUCCUGUCCAGAUCUCGUGGCUCCGCCUCUCUUUGUGAAUCUAGUGUUUGAUGCUGACUUGGACUCGUGUUUGCUCUUGAAAACACGAGGACAGCGCAGGCUCGCUGACGUGGCCUCGGCGCUCCAGAGGAGGGCGCUCUGGUUUGCUGUUGAAACGUGGGUGGAGACUCUUCCUCAGACGUCAGCCUCUAGAACAUGCUGACGUCUGAGCGUGGAGCCUGCUGGAGGAAGCAGGCCGGUUUGGGUGGAGUCUGGAACCCUCUGAACGCAGACUUCAGGUCGGCCGGUCAGUCUGGACUUGUUUCCUCUGAGCUGCAGCAUCCCAGUGACUCGAGCGCCUCCUGCAGGUCUGACCUCAGAUCCUCCUCCUGGUUGUAGCGAGUCCUCUGCUGCUCUCAUCCUUCUGCUUUACAUUCAGGCGAGUUUAUGUGGCGCUCUACUGGCUUCCUUUGUACCGUUUGCACAAACAUUGAAACUAAAGGUCAGUGUCUUGUAUACUUUGAAAGCUUUCUGAAAGGGUUGUUUGUAACAUGUUUUUGUUUACAACCACAUUUUCAUGUUUCUGCUUUCAUCUUUUUAUGUAAUCUAAAGGAAAUAAAUGUAUUCAGUUCA